UGUAGGCUAUAACUCUUUUGGUCGUGCACUUUUGCCCAAAUUCUGAUUUAGGAGAAAAAAACGCUCCAGCUAUCAGUUGUUGGUUUAACACAGACAGAGGAAACAUCAACCCUUCCAAUCCCCAAAGAUCAAUUCAUUACAAAUAAUCAAGGGAUACGAAUCAAUUGAUCCCAAUAUCAUAAUAUAAAGAGAUUUAUUAGAUAAAUAUGAGUGAACAACCAAUUGUCCUUGAUCAAGGUACAGGGUUUGUGAAAAUUGGUAGAGCCGGUACCAAUUUCCCUGAUCAUACUUUUCCAUCUAUUGUUGGUAGACCAAUAUUAAGAGCUGAAGAAAGAAAUAUUCUUGUCCCUGAUGAUCUUGAAAUUAAAGAUAUAAUGUGUGGUUCAGAAGCUAGUGAUGUAAGAUCAUUAUUACAAAUCAGUUAUCCAAUGGAAAAUGGUAUUAUCAAGAAUUGGGAAGAUAUGGAACAUUUAUGGGAUUAUGCCUUUUAUGAAAGAUUAAAAAUACCUACUCAAGGUAAGAAAAUUUUAUUAACUGAACCACCAAUGAAUCCUUUAAAAAAUAGGGAAACUAUGUGUAACGUUAUGUUUGAAAAAUAUCAAUUCGGUGGUGUGUAUGUAGCCAUCCAAGCUGUGUUAGCAUUAUAUGCUCAAGGUUUAAGUUCUGGUGUGGUUGUUGAUUCAGGUGAUGGUGUUACUCAUAUUGUUCCAGUAUAUGAAUCUGUUGUUUUAAAUCAUUUGACUAGAAGAUUGGAUGUUGCAGGUAGAGAUGUAACAAGAAAUUUAAUAAACUUAUUAUUACGUCGUGGGUAUGCAUUUAAUAGAACAGCUGAUUUUGAAACAGUUCGUCAAAUCAAAGAAAAAUUAUGUUAUGUUUCUUAUGAUUUAUCAUUAGAUAGUAAAUUAGCUCAAGAAACUACUACUUUAGUUGAAUCAUAUGAAUUACCAGAUGGUAGAGUUAUAAAAGUUGGUUCUGAAAGAUUUGAAGCUCCAGAAUGUUUAUUCCAACCUCAUUUAGUAGAUGUUGAACAACCUGGUGUUGGUGAAACUUUAUUCAAUGUUAUUCAAAGUGCUGAUCUUGAUGUUAGAACUUCAUUAUAUAAAGCUAUUGUCUUAUCAGGUGGUUCAUCAAUGUAUCCUGGAUUACCUUCGAGAUUAGAAAAAGAAAUAAAACAAUUAUGGUUAACUAAAGUCUUAAAGGGUGAUGCUACAAGAUUAGAUAAAUUCAAAGUAAGAAUUGAAGAUCCACCAAGAAGAAGACAUAUGGUUUUCAUCGGUGGUGCUGUUUUAGCUAAUAUAAUGGCAGAUAAAGAUCAUAUGUGGAUUUCAAAACAAGAAUGGGAAGAACAAGGUCCUCGUGUGUUAGAAAAGUUAGGACCACGUUGAAAUAGGUGAGCAUAUUCUUAUAAUCAUACAUUAAGUCAAACCCCCCUAAAAGUUAAUCUAUUUUGUUUUUUAUAUUUACAUCUAUACUUUAAAAAAAGAAUUAUGACUAGAAAUGAAGUAAAAAAAAAAAAGAAAAUUGUAACAAUGCAAUAAGAUAAAUAAGACAAUAUGUAAAGGAUG